CCAUACACCCACGCGAACUAUUUGGACGCGCUCCUACUGGGACAACCUGGCUUCUCUCACCCCGUUAUUGUCACAUGAUCAGGGCCCAGUGGCUCUACUGGGGCUGGCAGGGGGCUCCGUGGCUCGCAUUAUAAGAACAGUUUGGCCGGACGUGAAAGUUCAGGCGUGGGAGAUAGACCAAGUGGUGGUGGAGAUGGCUCGUCGGUACUUUGCCCUCACCUCUUUAGAGCAACCCUCCCCUCAAGGGGGCUACCUGCUCGUGACUGUAGGCGAUGCUCUACUAGCAGCUCCAGUUCCCAUACAAGCCAACACUCCCUCUACUGUAGAUGCUGCUGCCAAUAACAAUCAUACAGUAAAUAACGCUACUGCAGACAGUGCUACAGCUGGUAAAGAGCAGCUGUUCAGUGGCAUCAUAGUGGACCUUUUCUCAGGUGGUGCCGCCCUCCCUCAGCUAGCAGACGAAACCACCUGGCAGCACCUGAAGAAACACCUGAGUCCUGGAGGUAGGGUUCUGAUCAACUGUGGGGGGCCUAGCAGCAGCUUCGGCGAGUACCUGAGUCAUAGCUCUAGGCCGACCCAGUCUGCCGAACCUGAUGCCGAACCAUCAACAGCAACAGCAGCAGCAGACGGAGCCGGGUUCAAGACAGGAGAAGCGGCAGCAACAGACACAGAGGCAAGAAAGGCUGCAAUAGCAGCAGCAGCCAGGAGUGAUCCUGGCAUGAGGCGGUGUGCCGAGGUGGUGGAGGCCAUGCGUAUAGUUUUUAACGGGCAGGUGCUGAUCUGCUGCACCAGCGGAUCAGAUCGAAACAUUUUUGCUCUGACUGGGCUGCAACCUGAUUUAAAGAGUUGGGAGGAAAAGCUGCCCGAGCAGAUCAAAGGGGCGGCUAAAGGAUGGAGCUCGUGUGAUGAUGUGUAUGAGGUGCUAGCAUCAACACUAGUGUAAAGCUGUGCUAUGUAAGUGUGUUUUUGCAGGCACUGACUUUAUUUCAAGGGGCA